AGUCAGUGACCAAGCUGUCAAUCACGCGGAGCUUCGUUUGGGCGUCGAUUAGAAUUGGCCGUGCGGUAUAACACACGUAGCAAACACGAUCCGUAUCUUGAAACAUGGAAGCGACAGCAGAGCAAUCGAGAAGAGUUUUAGUUGCUGUUGAUGGCAGCAAAUCUAGCCAGUCAGCAAUGGACUUUUAUCUAAAUGAAGUACAGAGACCCAAUGACGUUGUUUUGUUGGUCCAUAUGUUUGAUGCUCCCUCCCCUCCAGCUGUUUCAUUAAGACAUCCAUCUCCAGAACCAUGGGAUGAAUGGAGAGAGAGGGUGGACAUAAAGCUUAAAGAAGUGAGAGAAAUGAUGAAGAGCCACGAAAGGGCCUGUGACCAACACAAUCUCAAGCAAAAAGUCAUCAUUCAUACUGGCAAUCCAGGGGAAGGAAUUUGCAAAAUUGUUGAUGAAUACAAGCCAAUAAUGGUGGUGAUGGGUUCACGCGGCCUGAACUUACUGCGACGCACAUUCAUGGGCAGUGUCAGCAGCUAUGUGCUUCACCAUGUUGAUAUCCCAGUCGUUAUUAUUCCGCAAUAAACCCAACUGGUACUUUAGCAAUUCCUAUUUUUUAUUGCCAAAGAAAUUUCAACGCUUAUACAUUCGCUUCACCUUUCAACUUUAGGCACAGCAGGAUUGUAAUUAUAAUCUCGCACUAGUCAUGUAAUUUUUUUUAUUACUCACAACAUUUAGAUAAUAAAGAUUCUCAAUAAUAUUGUAUAUCAUACCCAAUAUUGUACCAUGGUACUUAAAUUAAUAUUGAUUGGUAGAGAA